UGCUGGAGUUUUUGCAGUGAAUGUUGACCGGCGGGAGGAAAUCACGGCGCUCUGCUGUAAUAAAGACACGCUGUGCGGUUUAAAACAGGAGCUCGACACUAACCGGGAAUUUGGGAUUAUUUUCACUAAACCGGGACUUUGUGUGAAGAUCCGAUUUUUAUAGUUUUUUCCUCACACACACUCUCUUCUCCGGCAGUCAUCAUGCCGCUGAACGUGGCCAGUAAGAACUACGACUACGACUACGACUCGUACCAGCCCUACUUCUACUUCGACACUGAGGAGGAGGACUUCUACAGCCAACAACAUGGCCAGCCUCCGGCUCCCAGUGAGGACAUCUGGAAGAAGUUCGAGCUCCUUCCGACACCUCCGCUGUCCCCGAGCCGGCGCUCGUCCUUCUCCAGCUCCUUCCCCUCCACCGCCGAUCAGCUGGAGAUGGUGACGGAGUUCCUCGGGGACGACGCGGUGAAUCAGAGCUUCAUUUGCGAUUCGGAUUCGUCGCAGUCUUUACUGAAGUCCAUCAUUAUUCAGGACUGCAUGUGGAGCGGCUUCUCCGCGGCGGCGAAGCUGGAGAGAGUGGUGUCAGAGCGGCUCGCUUCCCUCAGAGCCGCCCGGAAAGAAUCGACUCCCAAAAGCGAAUCCUCUGAGGACUCGGACUCGAAUGCCGGCUACCUACAGGACGUUAAUGUGAACUCCGUUUCAGACUGUAUAGACCCGUCGGUGGUGUUUCCGUAUCCUCUGACGGAGUGUGUGAAGUUGAGUAAGGAGUGUGAGAGCUCUCUGAUGGACACUCCGCCCAACAGCAGCAGUAGCAGCAGCGACAGUGAAUCCGAUGACGACGAGGAGGAUGACGAGGAUGAGGAGGAGAUCGAUGUCGUGACUGUAGAGAAAAGAAAGUCGGCCAAGAAGUGCGAAUCCAGCCCCGUGGUGCUGAAGCGGUGUCACGUGACCAGCCAGCAGCACAACUACGCGGCGCAGCCGUGCACGCGGACCGAGCAGCCUGCUGUCAAGAGGCUCCGCUUUGAUCACGGCGGCGGCGCGCGGACGCACCGACAAACCCGCAAAUGCGCGAGUCCCAAAGCUUCGGACUCUGAGGACAACGACAAACGGCGGACUCACAACGUGUUGGAGCGGCAGCGGCGCAACGAGCUCAAGCUCAGCUUCUUCGCCCUGCGUGACGAGGUCCCGGCAGUCGCCAACAACGAGAAGGCGGCCAAAGUGGUCAUCUUAAAAAAGGCCACGGAGUUCAUUGUGGGGCUGCAGACUGAAGAGAGAAAACUCUUGCACUCUAAAGAGCAGCUCAGGAAAAAGUGUGAGCACUUAAAAAGGAGACUGGAAGCUCUGAGCAGCUCCUGAGCAGCUCUGGACUGGGACUUUACCUCCUAAAGCCCUUGUGAUGGUGCUGCUCUGACUCUGGACUCUGCUGCACACCAUCACUUACACCACCUCACUGACUUGUGGUCUCAGAUUUGUAUUUAAUUUUAUAUUUAGCGACGGACAGCUGCACCACUCGCUGUUGGUCUUAACUUAAUGCGUUGGGUUUUUUUUGUAAAUUUUUGUACAGAUGUCGUUAUUAAGAUGCUGUUAAUUUGUCAAUCAUAAAUGUUUCUUUAUAAAUUGCAUUUGAUUAGA